CAAAGUACCAACUACUGCACAAAUGAGCUCCAAAAAGCGCUUGACUGUAUGUUAAUCGUCUUAAAGUGUGUUAACGACUCUAUGCAUCAAGUAUCGAUAACUGGCUUUCCGAGUGAUAUUGCACAGCAGGGUAGGCUCUUGAUGGAAGACUCAUUCAAGGUGUGGUCGGUGUCUAAAGGGGAUAUUCGUCUUAGAACAAAGCCACAUCAGCGGCAUAUUUUUCUUUAUAAGAAAUCGAUGUUAUUUUGCAAGAAAUCUACAAAGCCAUGCCACAAUAAAAGUUUAUAUCAAUUUAAGUACGAUUUAAUGAUAUCAAAAAUUGGCUUAACGGAAUCUCUUCGAGGAGAUGCUUCACGUUUUGAAAUUUGGCUUAAAGGACGUCAGGAAGUUUAUACUCUUAAAGGUGAAACUAUAGGUAUAGGUGUAUAUAUCCGCGCCCAGGGCAACGGAGAUCGUGGCUGGCUGAUAGAACCGCUCAUCCGCCAAUAUCCGGGUCCCGGUGUCAAUGCGCACAAGCGCGGUCGACGCACGUUGACGCUGUACCGCUGCAGCAGCGAUGAUAGGGUGGGCGCAGCGGCCGCGUCCUGCGGGGUCCCUUGCCGAGAGGCGGAAAAUUGCCUAGGCGCGGAUGACGCGGGCGGACGAGCGUUACGAAAGUCGCUUCGGACCCUGAGUCUAGCAGUCAGAGCACCCAUCCACGCGGACAUAAGCGAAUAG